AUAAUCCACUCUUGCGUUACGUUAUUAAUCAUUUAUUUAUUUUUUCAAUCGUGAGAGAAGAGAAGAGGACGACGAAGAAGAAGAAUCCAAAAGCAAUCCCAUCUGUGUGUUUGCACAUCGGAAGGGAGGGCUAUCAAACUCUAAGGAUUGCUCUGAAUCGGUUUCGUCUUCUUCGUUUUUCUUCAAAAUCCUCGUGACAGAUCUAAUCUAAUCAGCCUUUUGGGGGUGUUUCAGACAUUGCAUGCAUAUGGGUGGUUGUGUUGGAUGCUAUAAAAGGCCUUCACUGAGUCCCACAGUGGAUGUGCCAUCAAAAGGGUUGGCAACACAAAGUAACGUAGUGAGGAAACCGAGUUCAUCAGAGGAUUUUUGGACCACCAGCACGCAUGAUAUGGACAACAGCGCUGUUCAGUCACAAGGGAGCAUCUCUUCAGCCAGUCUAACAAACCAAGCUGUGGUUUCUCAUGCUGGUUCUUCCAAAAGCAGCACCAACCCCACUGAAUUUGUAAAUCACGGUGUAAUUCUUUGGAAUCAGACUCGGCAACGUUGGGUUGGAAAUAAAAAGCCUGAGAACCAAACACAACAAUUACAAGAACCUAAAUUGAGAACUUAUUGUCUGUGCCUUGCCAAAAAUUUUUGGCUUUGCAGUUGGAAUGCAACAUAUGAAAGUUUACUUGGGAGCAACAAGCCAUUCCGUCAGCCUAUCCCUCUUGCUGAAAUGGUAGAUUUUCUUGUGGAUAUAUGGGAGCAAGAUGGCCUAUACGACUGAGAUAUUGAAGAUUGAGGAAGUGCUGAAAAUAAUUCUAGUUCUUGCUUGUAGGAAGGACUAUUGGGCAUAUACUGCAGUUUGUAUAUCAAUUGUCACAUGCCUAUGAAUAUGAUGAGGAAAAAUUUGUGUCUUGGGAACAUGAGAUAACUGUAUUAUCCUUUUGUUAAUUGAUUGCCUUGGCUGCCUCUACUAUCUCAAGAGGCAAGUUUUGGAAAACUCUUGCCUUUGUUGACAGCCUUUUGCUUGCAUGUAUGAGUGGCUGCAACUUUUAUUUGCUCUGCCUGCUUUUCCGUGAAAUUAGACCGAAAUUAUGUUGUGUAAAUAGUCAAUAACUGAGAUAUAGUUUCUGAUUUGGUUUCAAUGUUUCA